UUAGCGUUGCCACAUCUGUCUUCAGCUGACUUGGACGAACAUUGGUAUGAAACAUUCGUCAAUCUGGCAGGCCUGGUCCAAUCAUCUGUGCCCCCGACCCACGCAAGCACACCAAAAGAGGAUGACAAAUGUUGACGAGAACCCGUUCGCCGCCCUGCUGCAGCAGGGCACGAAGUCCGAUGAUGUGUCCCACAAAUUGGUUGAGGAGGUUCUUCUCUUUACACUGAACAAGGCCCGUAGUGCCGACGGCACUAAUCUGCUUUGUCUGUCCGAUGUGGUGGUGGAUACUAGUGACGAAUCGCUGGGCGAGGACUUGGUAGCUCACGCCCUUUUCGAGCGCCUGAUGCUGAACGAAACAGCGCAGUACAGUGCAGGGAAAGCCAGUGCGGAGGCCCUGGAGUUGCGAGCCAUAUGUUAUCUUCAUGGAGCCUUCGCUCGGUGUGAACGGAUCCAGGCCGUGCAGAAAGUAAACUGUUCCACUAUCAUAGCUCUGAUCCUGAACAACGCCAGCACCUGUAUGCGCCAGCCGGAUCUCUUUGCGCCGCAAUCGUUCGCCAGCCAGUGGCUGGAGCUGUUUGAACAGGCCGAUGAGCACGACACCAGCACUUUAGAGUUCCUGGUUCGUGUGGCCUGCAAGGUUGUGGAGGAGGACGAGCCAAUAGAGGCACUGGGUGCCCUCAAAUCUAUUUUCUAUCCCCUGCUGACCGAGCUGCAAAAGCUCAUCGUUAAGGAAAAUUUGGUGACGAUCAAGAAGAACAUUUUCUGGAUUCUGGGCUUCUUUGUGCGUGACAAACGAGCAGCGGUGUUGGGCGAGCUGCUUAUAGAUUACACCACACCCAACCCCAAGGCGAAAGGUGGCGAUUAUAUGGACACUCUGCUGGGCAACCUUCUCUGCAUCUCUAUCCUGCCCAAAACCCAGGGAGCCAAGUACGAGUUCUUCCAGCAGAUAUCGCUGAACCAGUCGGAUCCCGCCUUAUGGGCAGUGCUCGCCCGCCAUCGGGAUUCCAUAUUUCAGCUGGUUAAGCAGCUGCUCGUUGUAUCGCCCGAGACCAAAAAGAAGACGCUUCAGUGGCUGGCAAAUUGCCUGGACGCGAAUCUGUCACGCGGGCAUCUGUGGAGCAGCAUCAACUUAAAUCUAGAGCAAACGGUUCACAGCACGGCCAGCGAUGCGUUUAUGACGAACUUAAGUGCAGUCCUAACACGGUUAUGCACCCCAUUGUGUCAGCCAUCGCUAAAAGUCCUUCUUGUUGAUCCCACAUACUGUGCCGUAGAGGACAAGGAUCGGUUGGCUAAGGGCGUUAGUUUGCUGAAAGCUCAUGACGAGACUUGCUUGCUUCCGACCCAAGAAGGCGAAGAGCGUCUGACGGCCGAAAAAUACAAUUUCGUGACAGAGAUAUUCUUCAUGACCCACAAAUGCUUCGAGCUCGCGAAUCGGCCCUGCCUCGAGCGUCUCAGUCGGGCAAUGCGCGAACUGCAGAACACACAGACGGCCUACGAGGAGUUAGUGAGUAGCGAUCCCAACAACGAACUGACUAAGAACCUCUUUCGCACCUUGCUCGAGCAGAUGCAGCAGGUUCUAUCAAUCAAGAACGCCCUUUCCGAACCUACCAACGACAGCGACGUGCUGAAAUUUUUCGAGGCCUCUGCGAUCUGGCUCACCGAGGUAGCAAUGCUGCCCCGUGAGAUCUACGAACAGUGCGUAGACAAGCGAGACUUUUCCCCGCAGAUACUGCGUAACUUGGAGCUCCUCUCAGACACGCCGCCCUUUGUGGCCCCGUACAUGAAGUCCGUUCCGGAGAGCAUUAUCGACAAUAUUGCUACGUAUUUGAAUUUCUGCCGGCGUUUAAAUAGUGAUCUUUACAUCCACCUAUACUUUUCUGCCCACGAUGCCUUCUUCAAGAUGAUCUUGCUUUUCAUGGGCAGCUCUGACCUCGUCAAGAAUCCCCAUUUGCGUGCCAAGCUAGCGGAGGCGCUCGAGUUUCUGCUGCCCACACAGAUCCUGGGGAGUAAUCGGCAAGCCUUUAACACACGUGUUUUCGAAAAUCACCCGGAUAGGCAAAAGGUGGUUCGCAGUCUGCUUAAUGUUUUUGUCAGCAUCGAGAUGACCGGCCAGUCGGUGCAGUUCGAGCAGAAAUUCAAUUAUCGAAGGCCCAUGUAUGCCAUUAUGGAGUUCUUGUGGACGAAGCCGGAGCACGUGCAAAAUUUCCGGAAUCUGGCCACCGAGGCGGAGGAAAGCAUGGAGGCUAUUGAGCCACCUAUUUUCCUGAGAUUUAUUAACCUGCUGAUUAAUGAUGCCAUCUUCCUGCUGGACGAAUCCUUGUCGAAUCUGGAGCAGAUUAAGCAGCUGCAGCUGGCCCAGGCCAAUGGUGAGUGGAACAGUCUGUCACACAACGACCGUCUGCAGCAGGUGACGAACCUACAGCAUCUGGGCAUGCUGGCGCGUUUCGACAACAUCCUCGGUAGAGAUACCAUCAACAUCCUAAAAUUGCUGACCACAGAGAUCAAGAGCAUUUUUUGCCAUAACAGCAUGGUGGAUCGAAUUGCUGCCAUGCUCAAUUACUUCCUGUUGCACCUGGUGGGGCCCAAGAAGGAACGCUUUAAGGUGAAGGACAAAAAGGAGUUUGACUUCGAUCCUGCAGAGACUGUGCUCGAGAUCUGUCGCAUCUACAUCAACCUGAGCACCGAUGACAGCUUCUGCUUGGCCGUUUCCCAGGACGGACGCUCAUACAGUGACCAGCUCUUUGACUAUGCCGAGAACAUUCUCAUUCGGAUUGGAGGCGGCCAACUGAUCGGGGAUAUGUCAGAAUUUGCUGAAAAAGUAAAGCGAAUGGGUCUUCAGUACAAGGAGGAGCAGGAGCUGCUGGCCGAUGCUCCUGAAGAGUACCUAGAUCCUAUUAUCUCUACGCUGAUGACGGAUCCUGUCGUGUUACCCAGCUCCAAGGUCACCGUGGAUCGGUCCACUAUUGCUCGCCAUCUUUUGAGCGACCAAACAGACCCCUUUAACCGCGAACCGCUUACCAUGGAUAAGGUCAAGUCCAACGAAGCCCUCAAACAGGAAAUCCAGCAGUGGAUUGAGGGCAAGCGGAACGAAGCGCGCUCAAAGAGCUGAGGAAGCUUAAAAGAAGAAAGAGGGGCAGCAACAUCAGGAGAGGCUGCUGUCCAACCAAAGAAUUAGGUACAGACUCAAUGUGUUUUUUCUCCUUUAUAAUGAAUUCCAUUCCCAGCAUUGUAUCUAGUGUAUGUGUCUGUUAUUGUCUCUUUAUUGUACAGUUCUUGGAUUUUUGGUCUACUAAGUCGAAUAAAUGGUUCUAUAUUUUAA